AACUCCUCGGAUAUUUACUUUCUGCUCGGGCGGGAGGGCCUCGACGGGCAGAUGAGUCAGGCACCUGUCAAGCCCUCCGCCCGGUCUCGAGCCCAAGCGCCGACUGGUAGUCGGUUGGCCGUCGCCAGAAAGACCGUCCACUACGAGGCCCUGUUUCGGCGUUAG